UUUGUUCGAGAUAGGUGGGAAUACGUGCUAGGGGCGGGGCCAACGUUCUGCCGUGCUCCCGUUGUUGUGUUUUCAUGUGCUGAAUCCAAUAUGGCCGCUGUGUUGACGUUAAUGGGGCCUCCGUGCGAUAGUGAGCCGUCCACUCCGGCCCCCCCCUCCCUGAAGGAAGAUAAUUCCAACGAUGGCAGAGACACAGAGGAAAAUUCUAAUGAUGGAAGUCAACAAUCGAAGAGGAGAAGAACGGCGUCCGGUGAAAGUUCUCCAAGUUGUGAAAAUUCAAAUCAAGAUUUUGGCUCCAGCUAUUUCCCAGCAGAAAAUCUAGUUGAAUACAAAUGGCCAUCAGAUGAAACGGGGGAAUAUUAUAUGUUACAAGAGCAAGUCAGUGAAUAUUUGGGUGUCACUUCAUUUAAACGCAAAUACCCAGAUUUAGAACGAAGAGACCUAUCGCACAAGGAGAAGUUGUAUCUGCGAGAACAAAAUGUCAUUACGGAAACUCAGUGUACUUUAGGUCUGACAGCUUUACGAAGUGAUGAAGUAAUUGACCUUAUGAUGAAGGAAUACCCAACCAAGCAUGCAGAGUACUCGGUCAUUCUUCAAGAAAAAGAGCGCCAGCGCAUUACAGACCAUUACAAAGAGUACUCGAUGACUACUGAAGAUAAUCAGAAUGACGUAUGUGAUCAGGAUGAAACAGGGAAAAAUAUUAUGUUUUUACAGCAACAGCAGCAACAAAAUACACAGAAAGUGGAAGCAAGCAAAGUUCCAGAGUACAUUAAGAAAGCUGCCAAAAAAGCUGCAGAAUUUAACAGCAAUUUAAACCGUGAAAGGAUGGAAGAGAGGAGAGCGUAUUUUGACCUCCAGACUCAUGUAAUACAGGUACCUCAGGGAAAGUACAAAAUCCUGCCUACUGAAAUUACGAAAGUGAGUCCUUAUCCUGUUUCUCUCAUACCUGGACAGUUUCAAGAAUAUUACAAAAGGUAUUCUCCCAAUGAGCUCCGGUACUUGCCAUUAAACACGGCUUUGUAUGAGCCUCCAUUGGACCCCCUUGAUCCCGAACACUUGGCAAUUGACAGUGAUGGUGAUUCUGAUGAGGUUGAGGAAGGACGCAGUGAGAAGAAAAAGAUCAAAGGCUCCUCAGGCAGUUCAUCUGGGAACUUGUCUGAUGGAGAAAAUGCACAGGAUACUCAGGACGAUACUCUUCCCGCAAAACCAAAAGCGAAAGAAAAACCAACCCCCAAAAAGGAGAGCACCAAACGUUCUGUAGGGUCCAAAUCCAGCUCUGGGUACAAGCCAAAGUCCGUCCCAAAUGCUGUUUGUGGAAUUUGUCUGAAGGGUAAGGAUGUCAACAAGAAGGGAAGAGCCGAGAAGCUUAUACACUGCUCCCAGUGUGAGAAUAGUGGUCAUCCUUCAUGCUUGGAUAUGGUACCAGAAUUGAUUGCAGUAAUAAAAAAAUACCCCUGGCAAUGUAUGGAGUGCAAAACAUGUAUCAUAUGUAGCCAGCCUCACCAUGAAGAGGAUAUGAUGUUCUGUGACCACUGUGACCGUGGCUAUCAUACUUUUUGUGUCGGACUUGGUGUUCUUCCAUCAGGUCCCUGGAUAUGUGACUGCUGUCAGAAUGUUCCUCCCACGCCAAAAAAAGGAGUUAAAAGAGGAAAAAACAGUAAAGAAGGAUAAACUACGUGUAUUCAUAUUGUACAAAACCUUUGAAAAUGGUGCUACGCAACAAAAUUAUCUUAAAAUCUCAAUUACAUGACACUUUUUCAUAUUUAUAAACUAAAUAAAAACACAGAUUGGAAUUUAAUUAAUCUUUCUUACUGUCCUGGGACUUGAUGAAUACAUCAUUUUUGUAAAGUUUGCUUUUUUUAUUCAACAUUUUAACAAAAAAUACAAAUGCAUAUAUAAAUAUAUACCUCAUACCAAUGAGCUUGGGAAGAAAGGAACUAUACACAUGCACUGAAUAAUACCCAUGUGCUGCAAAUGUUAAAUAUUAUUCCCUUUUUAAAUGUUGGCCUUUUCUCUGUAAUUCACUUGUUAACUUUCUUUACAACUAGUUUUGGGAGUUAAUGGUCACACAGACGAAUCCAUAUGUGAUGUAUUGGUAGACCAUGUUUGUAUGUCAUUGAAUUUUUUUAUUCUUGUAUGUUUGACUUUUUGAAUACGGUGUUGUCAACUGCAAGUACUGUGCUGUGCUUACCUUGCAUUUGUGGGAGCUGUUGUAGAUAUAGUGAAACCUCAAAGCUGCUUAAAGCCCAGAAGCAUUACACUGUGACAAAAUAUGACCACAGGAGUUUUAAGAGGUGUGAAUGUUGUGAAAUCAAGGGCUUUUAUAUAUGGACUCAAUGGAACCAUCUUUUUUUCUUUAUUUGAUUUUUUUCAGUCAAUCAAUUCUAUCAAUUUCUGCUGCUUGAAAGUCAACGAUAACUUUUAAAACCAUAACUAAAGUGAUACAUUUUAAAUACUAA